GGUUCCCAGGAGGUGCAGGGGCUUCAGGGUUCGCUGAGUCCUGCCCAGGACCCUUCAAGCUGCUGGGCCCACCGCCCCUGUCCACUCCCCUGCACCCGCCACCCCGCUCCUUGUCACUCAGCCAGGAGUGGCAGUUCCUGAGCGCCGCCCCCCUCCAACCUCCCGCCUCCAACCCCAAGCCAAGAAUCCGAUUGGCUGAGCCUGUCUGGGCGCCCUAUCUCAGGACAGCCAAUCAGAGGCUGCCCUAGGCCAAUGCUCUUUCUUCUGGUCCAAUAGACGGGGGCAGCAGGGCGCGGGGGGCGGGAACCGCUUCCCCAUAUGGUGCGGCUCGGAGCGGAGUCCCCCGACGAUCGCCUCGGGUUUCCGGUGCCGUCGUUGCCCUUCCCAUUAGGGUCCAUGAGGACCGCGGUGGAGACGAGGGCGCUGGGUGCCCAGGCGGGCCAGGGCCCGGACACCAAAGGGGGCGGCCCCGAGGACCCCCCGAGCCCGGAGCGCCCCGCGGACGCCCCGAGCCCCGAGCACCCCGCGCUCCCGCGCCUGCCGCGCCGCCCGCAGCUGCUGGAGGAAGACGGAAGCCCGCACGGCGACGACGGGGCGGCCGCGGCGGCCGAGGGGAGCGAGCCGGCGCCGGAGGACCCCGCGGUGGGCGCUGCGGCCGCCGGAGAGGCCAGCCCCGGGCCCAAGGCGGCGGCCGGCGGGGCGCCGCACAUCGGCUUCGUGGGCGAGCCCCCCCCGUACGCGCCGCCCGACCCCAAGGCCGUGCACCUGCUGUACCCGCCCUUCCCGCAGGUGCCGGUGGUCUUCCAGCCCGCGCCUGCGCCCGCCGCCUUGUACCCGCCGCCGCCCGCCCCGCAGCCGCUCUUCCCGCAGCCCGCAGCCGCCGGCGCCGUCUUCCCCUUCCCCGUGUACAAUGGCCCUGUGGCAGGCGUGGCCGCCCCCGCGGCCGUGGAUCGCAGGCCUGUGCCCAAGGACUACAUGGUGGAGUCGGUGCUGGUGACCCUCUUCUGCUGCCUGCUCACCGGGUGCAUUGCCAUCGUGUACUCCUACGAGACCCGCGCAGCCCUGGGCAGGGGCGACCUGAGCCAGGCCGAGGCGGCUUCGCGGAAGGCCCGCGCCCUCGUGCUCUUCAGCCUGCUGUUUGGGUUCUUCGUGUCCACCAGCUGGGUCAUCUACGUGGUGGUGGCCCUCUACCUGCCCUGAGCCCGGCCGCGCCUCCGUCCCUGACACCUGCGGAGGGGACCCAGGGGCCAGGAGAGGGCGGCUUUGCUGUGGCUUUGGGCAGUGGCCUCUGAGCUCAGACCUCUGCGGGACUGGGGCACCCACCUGAGCCAGGUGUCCUCGGUGCCUCCCCCAAGGCGGCCCUGGGGCCCUGGCCUUCACCCUCCCCCGGGCACUGUUCUGAGGGACCUUGCGGCCGUCCGACUGCCAACCCCACCUCCAGCCGGGCUGGCGCGACUUUGCCAGGAGCUUCCAUCCCCGUCGGCUCACGCGUCCUGGGAUGUGUGCCGUGCAGCGGGGGCGGUAUUGGAUGUGUUUCUCGGACGCCCAUCGCGUGGAGCCUUUGGCCCGGGGCCCAUCCGCUCCUGGGUCUCCCCCUCAGGACGCCCGCAACCGCGUCAGGAGCCCCGAGGACUCCCUGUGUGGGCUGCGGCCCCAGGCUGCCACGCCCUCUCCCCCUGGCAGCUGCCUGUGUGAGCCUGGGUGUGUCAGUGGGUGAAAGCAAGGGCACAUCAGCUGGAUGCUGCCUCCACGGCGCGCGCCCUCCCUCCGUGGCUGACCGGACACGGCCCCGCUCGCGGCUCACCACGCGGCCCAGCUCGUGGCGCUGGCUGGUUUGCACAGGUGCACCUGCCUGGAGCGGAUUCCAUGGCUCACUUUGACCUGAGCCCCCGCCCCCACUCCCUUGUGAACCUCGGGGGCAGUCGACCUUGGGUGGAUCAAGCCCACCAGCGUCUGUGAGGGUCCUGGCCAUUUAAAGUCCUUUGGCUCUCUGCUAAGUUUUAGAAUCUAUUGUCAGCUUUCACACACGCUAAGGAUUUUUGCCUGGUGUGGUUUUAUAUCCGGACUAAUUUGUGGACCAUUACAAUAAACACAGUGAAUUCUCUUAUUUA